GUGAAAUGCAUACUUCCGGAAGGCGUUGUCGGUGCGUUGAUGCGCUUUUCACGCCUCUGCUUGUCAUCCACGCCGUUUAUCCUUCCGUCGGUUUACCAUCCUUCACCUAAGCGUCUUCUCCGUUGCCGUGUACGUUUCUUUGUUCUGGAAUUUCUUUUAAUUUAACAAUAGUUUAAGAAUUCAACUUUUGGCAUCACACGGGUAUCUCCAGUGUAAUGCUGCGGAGAAAAUACAUUUUCAUCACGUAAACAAAGAUCGCUAUCAAGCUGACGACGUCACUCCUCGGUUGGCGAUCAAGUUGACGUCAUCCUCCAGAUUUUAAUGGGCUGUUAUAAAUCUCAUAAAUACAGUCAAUUGAAUUAAUCCCAUAAUCUCUUUGUGGAUCCUUGUCACCACGCCCCACACAGAGAAACAUGAGCUCACACAAGAGACCUGUCCGCGUUCGGGCCGAUUCUGACACCAAUUUCUCCAUGGCCUGUGACCCGAACGCACCAGGUGCAGAAGAGGGCUCAGGUCUCCUGACCAAGCUGAUGGAGCUUCCUGUAUGCCGUCUGUCCCGACAGCAGCUGAAAAAGCUGGAGGAGCAUCAGUACAGCAGUGCGGGACGGUCCCUCCUGGAUCCCUUCAUGCAGGGAUUCUGGUGCUGGCUGGUGAGCAAAGUGCCUCUCUGGAUGGCGCCGAACCUCAUCACCAUAGUGGGACUCGCUACUAAUAUUAUCAGUACUCUGAUACUGGUGUACUACUGCCCUACUGCCACCGAACAGGCACCAACGUGGGCAUACUUAGCCUGUGCUUUGGGUCUGUUCAUCUACCAAUCAUUGGAUGCUAUAGAUGGAAAGCAGGCUCGACGGACCAAUAGCAGCACACCACUUGGCGAGCUCUUUGAUCAUGGCUGUGACUCCCUCUCUACAGUGUUUGUGAUCCUGGGCACAUGUAUAGCAGUGCAGCUGGGUACCCACCCUGACUGGAUGUUUUUCUGUUGUUUUGUGGGCAUCUUCAUGUUUUAUUGUGCCCACUGGCAGACGUAUGUUUCUGGAACGCUGCGCUUUGGCAUAAUUGAUGUGACUGAGGUACAAAUCUACAUUAUAAUCAUGUACUUACUGGCUGCCAUUGGAGGAUCUGCUUUUUGGCAAUCUGUGAUCCCUGUGAUAAAUAUCCAGAUUAAAAUAAUACCGGCCAUUUGCACUCUUCUGGGGGCCAUUUUCUCCUGCACAAACUACUUCCGGGUUAUAUUCACAGGCGGAAUGGGCAAAAAUGGAUCUACUGUUGCUGGCACAAGCGUUUUGUCUCCAUCCUUCCAUAUAGGAGUGGUAAUCACACUUGCUCUAAUGAUCUAUAAGAAGUCUUCAAUGCAGCUAUUCGAGAGACAUCCCUGUCUCUACAUCUUAGCAUUUGGAUGUGUUUCAGCCAAACUCACCAACAGACUGGUGGUUGCUCAUAUGACAAAGAGUGAAAUGCAGCUUAAUGACCUGGCCUUCACCGGACCAGCGCUGCUGUUUCUGAACCAGUACUUCAACAGUUUCAUUAAUGAGUACUGUCUUCUGUGGGUCGCUCUGGUGCUGUCAGCGUUUGAUCUGGUGCGGUACUGCGUGAGUGUCUGUAACCAGAUCGCCACACACUUAAACAUCCGUGUCUUCAGCAUCCAGCCUCCGUCUCCAUCCAGAGUUCAGGCAGACAGCAGAAAUCGCCACUAACCUCUCGUCCCCUCUCCCUCAAACACCUCCAGCAGGUCACGCACCUACUGAAGUAGUGAAUGUAAAAGACAACUCACAGAGCCUGAGCCCAAAUGGCUGCAGUCAUGAACUUUGUUCCCAUAAUGAAGUGAGAGAGAGGAUAUUUGAAGGACGAUAGGAAAUAUUUAAAAGAAUAUACAUGCUACGGUUAGAACACCAUUUAGUUGUCAGUAUUUUGUUGUUAGAUGACCAGUUUUGUUUGCCUUAGUUAGAAGAUCUGCCACAGAGGUCACAACUAUGAAUGUUUAAAUAUUUUUUUAUUAGUCACUUUAAAAAAAAAUUUGUUGUUUUGUUUUGGACCAAGUAUUUUGCCCAGCAGUGUAGAAUUAACAUCCAUGUAUCCAUUAACAUUCAACGCUCCAUCUGAAUGAAGUUUCAUAAUUACAAAAUGCUAUAGGCAUUAACUGGAAUCUUUGCGGCUGUUCACUAAAAUGUAAUAUCAAAAUUUACACUUAAACGCCAAUACGUGCCACUGUUGCCAGUACAAAGUGGUGCUCUACUGUCUAAGAAGAGCAGAGAGCAUUGAGAAAGGUAAGAGAUUACAUCAGAUCUUAUGACAAGAAAAACAGGCACAAGAGUUUCCAUCAAUAUUUCAGCAAUUACAAGAAUUUCACAUUUCCAAAUCCUGCUAAUUCAGCCUCUCAUCUGAUGUCAUUGGGUAAACUAAUCCAUACAGUAUGUAUCAUUUUUCUUUCUAUGCAUAUGUUUGUGUUUGUAGUGUUUUGGAGGGGAUUAUUUGUAUUAUUAUUAUUAUUUAGGUAUACCAAUGUCACUAAAUGAUAAAAACUGUAUUAGAAGCAGUAUUUUGAUAGUGCCCUAUUUUCCUAAUAAUAACUGGGGCCAAGAUAGACGUCUAGAAUGAUUGUGAGUUACACUGUACAGAUGAACCCUUAAUAAUGGAUGACAUUAAAACCUUAAAAAUUAGUGUUUUUGCUCUAUAUACAGUAGUUAAUGUGAUAACUUGUGCUAAUUUAUUUUUGUGCCUUUUAUUUAUCACUGUCGGUAUACUCCUCUAUGCACAGUAAAAGUUGGACUCAGCGAUUUUGAUAUUUUUUAACCUCUUGUGUAAAUCGCAUUUUGUUUGCAAGCAUCAUACUCAACAAAGAUGCAGUUUCAUAUUUCUGCAUGUCACAUUAUUGAAUUAACAAUCAGUCAUUAUAUUUUUUACCUUCAUGCCAACUGUUUUUUUUUUUGACAAUUACUGUAUAUUGCAAAACAAUAGACAUUAACUCUGCAGUUCUGUAUCGGGUGCUUCCAAAAGUAGAAUAUGAACAGAGUGGCCAAACUCCAUGUAUAUUUCUCAAAACGCGUUAUUGUUUUGCAUCUACCUCUGAGCAGUUGCUUGUAUAUGUUAUUUUAGUCUCUUGAUUUGAGGUUUUUAUUGAAGAUGUUUUAAUCCUGUUGUGAAUGUUAUUCAAGUGGGUUUAAGUGUAUUUGUGUUUCUCCCUUCUUAUUUUUUUUGAAACACGUCAUCCGUUCACCUGAGGUCAGCCAAAGCUGCAAAACACGCAUAGUUGAAGAAAACGGUGUCUGUCGCUGCAACUAUAUUUGCAUACAUGUAGAAUUUGUACCUCGAUCAGUAUUUUUGUUGUUCUGUUGAUUUACAGCAAAUAUUUUACUUUGUAAUAGACUAAUGGUCAUGAAAUAAAUAUUGUUAUAUUUAUGUUAACAGA